AGAGGGGUUCAACUGCCAGGCUCCCUUCUUCCACCCUGUGAGCUGUCGCUCCGCAGCCGGAAUGGGAAACGAGGCGAGUUACCCAAAAGAGAUAUGCUCUCCCUUUGACCAAGAUGAAAUUAAAAGGCUAAUCAGAAGUUUCAAGAAACUGGACGUGGACAAAUCGGGCACUCUGAGCGUGGAGGAGCUUAUGUCCCUGCCCGAGUUACGGAACAACCCUUUGGCGAAGCGAGUAAUAGACGUUUUCGACACAGAUGGCAAUGGAGAGGUGGACUUCAACGAGUUCAUCUUGGGGAUCUCCCAAUUCAGCGUCAGAGGCAAUGAGGAGCAGAAGCUGAGGUUCGCCUUUAGCAUCUACGACAUCGACAGAGAUGGCUACAUUUCCAACGGGGAGCUCUUCCAAGUGCUGAAGAUGAUGGUAGGAGAAAACCUCAAGAACUGGCAGCUGCAGCAGAUGGUGGACAAAACCAUCAUCAUUUUGGAUAAGGAUGGUGAUGGGAAAUUAUCCUUCGAGGAAUUCAGUGCUCUGGUCAGAGGCCUAGAGGUGCACAAGAAAUUGGUACUGACUUUGUAAGCCCUUUCUGUAAUAGCUUCAUCCAAUAACCUUUCUUUCUUCCCUCUCUUUCAUCUCUACUUAAGGCAUUCAGCAACUAUUUCUCUACUACCCGAAACCGCUUCUCUUUUUGAAACUUUGGCUUUGUCACCAAGGCUGUGUCAGUAAUUAUUCUCUCAAUGACUCAGAGUAUCACCCUAAGCAGAAGAGAAAAAUGAAGGAGUUUUGUGACGAAAGAAAAGAAAAAUGGCUUAAUAAAUUU